UGUUGCGUAGCUUCCGCCACUUCGUCAUCACAGUGUGUUCUACCUAUAUUUUUAGAUGGAAAGGAAGCCGACCUUUCAGAGCAUAGAAGAGAGCCACUUGGGUUUGCUGAGAGUAUUGAAACAAUGGUUAAGAAGCCAGAAAGACCGCGCUGGGCUAAAUUUGCCACGAACGGUUACAUUAGGUCAUCAUGCAGGAUGUCGCCACAGGCAAGAAAUUCCUCACUUAUUGAUACUUCCCAAAUCCGACGACGAAAUAGGUAUAUGUAUCAAAAAGUCUCCGGCUUUUCUUUACAUCCUCCUGGCAAACGAUGCACCGUUGGAUGUUAUGGACUACUACAAUGUUACUCCAAUAAAUUAUCAUACAAAAAUAAAAAUGAUAAAAUAUUGCCUCAGUCAAGGACUCGACCCGAAUUUCGGCACACGCGAUGACACUCUAUUGCAUCACGUUCUAGCUGAGUUCAGCUUUGAGGACACCAACUGUGAAGAUUUGGACGAAAUGGUUUGCUUACUUUUGUAUUACGGUGCACUUCCUACAGAAGAAUUUCAACAUGAUGGUGAGAUGUACACAGCCUUUGACUACGUUUGUUUGCACAUGUUGGACGAAGUUUCGUCGUUUGUUUUCGAACAGCUGUUUCUGUACACUUUUGGAGACGGAGAGUGUGCAGGGAAGAUUUCUUUAAAGGCGUUUCUUAGAGUAGUAGGAACCGAAAAGUACUUGAGAAAGUACAGAAAAUGUAACCGCAAAAGACGUAUAAUAGAUGAGCUUAAGAAUCUCGAUCUUGAGUUCACUAUAGGCGAGGAUGAGAUGAGGUAUGAGAUACUGGAAAUUUUUGUGGAUAUGGAUUUUGUUUGCUGUAUGGAUAUGGUGAAGAGGUGUCCGGACGCUCUAAGGGCCGUAUUAGAAGAAAGUGAGGUGUACUUUUUUGAGAAAAUUUAUGAAUUUACGAAAAUAAUGGAUUGGGUAGUUUCACAAGAGAACGUCUUCAACAGUGCGGUGGAUUUUUUUGAAAAUAUAAGCAAUGAAGAACUUUAUGAGACUGUGGAGGACGCUGGAGAACAAGAUGCGAUGAAAUUUAUAUUUUUUAUUUUACAGUAUGGUUUUAAAUGUCCUACGGACCUGCGGGACUUCGUCUACCAAAAAUUUGGCGACUGCCAGCUAUUCCGAACACUGUUACACGUAGACACCUCUCAUUCCGUGUAUAACCCCAGUGAGCCGUAUAACAACAACCGUAGGAAAAUGUUUAGUGUCAUUGUCGCCGAUUUUUCUUUAACUGUGCAUAAUAUCGCCGAAACAAUUUCUUGUUCAAGUUGGACACUUUAUGGAACAGUCUUGAAAACAGAAUACGGUUACUUGACACCGACUGACGCAAAUAAACUUUUGGAUUUUUUCGUUCAUCCAAAGUUAGUCCAGUCUUUUCUGGACACACCAGAUUUACCGAAGCGUGUCUUUAAUAAAAUACAGUGUCUUCCAAAAGUGCCGCUACUUCAAGAACUAGCCAGAGACGCUUUUAAAGUACACCUGGUGCGCAGCUUUGACGUAAAGACUACGAAGGACUUUUAUACGUUGGUUGGUUCGCUUCCUGUAGGGAUUGGUUUCAAAAAAAUGAUAUCUUUGGAACAGACACUCUACAACGUGAUUUCGCCUGAAGAUGCCAGAAGUGGCAACAAAGACUAUUACAACAUUUUUUAAUUGAUUUAUUUGUUUUUUAUUUUACAUUUUUAUAGUUAAG